GCAUACUAUCGGACAGCGACUUCUUCCUCAACUUUUGGCAGCAACUAUGCGUGGAAGGCUAUAGAUGAGGAAUCUGGGACGUAUGCUAGAACAAACAAUGAAGCAAAUCCUCAGUUGACAAUACUCUUGUCCAAUAUCUAUAACAUCAAACAUAUUUUUUUAAAAGUGUAUGCAUACCAAACGUCCUCUUUCCAUGUUUUCGUCACAAACUCUACGUCAAAUGUACCAGCUAGUAACGACAAGUGCACCGAGAUCCGUGUGGAUGAACGGGACUAUUAUGCCGAUAGUGUUAUAUGCAACAGAACUAUAACUGGUGAUACGAUUGUCGUUCAAAAAGUCUCAACCUUAGCUACCUUAGUGGUAUACGAAGUAAAAGUUUAUCAAUGUAGCCAAGGUACCUAUGGAGAUCAAUGUGAAUUUGAGUGCAAGAACUGUUUAGACAAUAGGUGUGAUCAGUACACGGGGUUCUGUAAAAAUGGAUGCAACAUUGGCUGGCACGAAACGUGUCUUGACAACAAAUGUCAGUUUAUUUCGGAAUCAUGCUCCAUGGUAUGCAGCUCUAGUUGGUAUGGAACCAUGUGUGAUAGGAAGUGUCCCAAACAAUGCGAAUCAUCUUGUGAUAGAUAUCGGGGAUGUACAGAUUGCGCAGCGGGUUAUUUCGGAUCAAAUUGUUCUCAAUGUCCCGAGAACACAUACGGAAAAAACUGUAGUUUGACAUGUGAACAUUGUAUUGACUGUGAUCCUGUAAAUGGAUGUAUAGAAUGUUCAACUGGUUUUUAUGGUGACGAUUGCAAGGAAACAUGCUCAGAAGGUUGCAGAGAUCGUAAUUGUGAUAACAAGUUUGGAACCUGUUUAAAUGGAUGUAUAGACGGGUAUAUAGGCGAUAAUUGUAAAACGCGUUGUAGAGCCAACUGUACAACUUGUAUUGCUGAUGGUCUUUGCACUUUGUGCCUAGUUGGAACCUUCGGUACAUAUUGCAAAUACGCAUGCCCAAACACCUGCGGUGGUAAUAAAUCGUGUUCUAAGAUAAAUGGUCAGUGUAUUGAGUGCGCCUCUGGAAUGUUCGGUCCAAAUUGCACCGAACACUGCAGUCAAAAUUGUAAAACUCCUACUGUGUGUCAAAGAAAUGGUGAAUGUUACACUGGAUGCGUUGAUGGAUGGUAUGGUCCACUGUGUAAUAGGAAUUGUUCAGUUGAAAACUGUGCAAAAUGUAUUUUAAAAUCGUCUGAUGUUUCCUGUGUAUCAUGCAAUAUGGGUUACUAUGUUGAUUACACGUAUGGGAAUUGUCUGAAAUGUCCUUCUAACUGUAUAACUUGUGAAAACAAAUCCAAAUGCACUCGGUGCAAAACAAAUUUUUAUGGGGAAAGGUGCAAUGAUGAAUGCAACAAAAACUGUGUCGAUGGUUUAUGCGAAAUUAAUGGAACUUGUACUAAUGGUUGCGAUAAUUCCAAGUAUGGUGCUGGAUGUUCCGAGAAUUGUAGUCUUAACUGUAUGCACUGUCACAGCAAAUAUAGUUGUGAAAAAUGUUUACCUGGAUUCUACGGUUUAACUUGUAGAGGAACAUGCCCUGGUCAAUGUUUUAAUUGUACUUCAAAUUCCAAUUGUGAAGUCUGUAAUCCCGGAUUCUUUGGACCCCGGUGUGGUUAUGAUUGUCGUCCAGAAUGUCUGACCUGUAACUCAGGAGAUUCCUGUACUUCCUGUAAGGACGGCUGGUCCGGACGUUUAUGCAAAUGUAGCAAAAACUGCAAAAAUGAAGAUUGCAAUAGCGAUGGAAUCUGCCAAAGCGGGUGUAACGGUUCAUAUUAUGGGGAACGUUGUGAUGUUUCCUGUCCUUCGAAGAAUUGUCAAAGUUGUGAUCGAAUGUCUGGCAACUGUACAGAGUGCUCUAAAGGACUGUAUGGGAUGAACUGUACUGAGAAAUGCAGUGGGUCGUGUUUGGGGAGUGCUUGUGAUAUGACCGGCGCAUGUUUACGUGGCUGCCAGGAUGGCUUAGAUGGAAAAGAAUGCACUAAAAUCAGUGCAAAUACCAGAGAAGACUCUAUGAAAACAUAUUUUAUCCUGAUAGGAAUUGGAACGUUCAUUUUGAUUAUAAUAUUGGUCAUUUUUGUAUUCUGUUUCAAAAGAAAAUUUGCAGAGAAACAAAAACAAUUAUCAACAAAUGUAGAGAAAGAUCUAAAAUUGACCGAAUUGUUGAAAGACGAGAAUCAUGUUUACGCGAAUAAUGAAAAUGCACCUGACAUUACUUCCAACUUAGGCAUUCAAAAGAGGUCUCUGUACAAAGACGACUCUCCUUACAACCUGCGGGGGUCUCAAGCAUACCUUAUCGAACUUGAUCCCAAUGAGGUAGAUGAGGUUGAGUUACCAAAUAGGCAGGAAUCAGAAUAUUACAACGUUAAAGUGACCAGGAUUCCAGUAGAUCAGCUUUGGGAGACCAUUCAGAAUAAGCGAUCAAAAGGAGAGCUCGAAAUGGAAUAUGAGAGUAUUCCAAAUGGGUUGUUGGAACCAUGUAAAGAGGCAAUUAAAAAACAAAACCGCUCUAGAAAUAGAUACAAGAAAAUGUAUCCAUAUGAUGCAAAUAGAGUUAUACUUAAAGUGGAGGAAGGGACUAAUAACAGUGAAUAUAUCAAUGCAUCUUAUGUUCAGGGGUUCGCUAAGAAAAAUGAAUACAUUGCUGCUCAAGGUCCAUUUACCCAAGAGACUGUGUAUGAUUUCUGGAGAAUGAUAUGGCAACAGAACUGUGCGAAGAUCAUAAUGUUGACUAACGUUGAGGAAAAUGGCGUGAUGAAAUGUAAUAAGUAUUGGCCAGACACCGAAGAUAUGUAUGGUAUUUAUCACGUCAAAAUGGAGAAGGAAGAAACUUCUGCUAAUUACACAGUGCGAACAUUUCACAUUUCUUUGAGCGGGAAAGCGAAGACAGUCACUCAUUUCCACUUUACUGCAUGGCCAGAUAAAGGUGUCCCUAGAAACGUGACGUCAAUUGUAGAUUUCAGAAACAAAGUUGUCAACUAUGAGGAUGAUUUAAAAGGUCCAUUGCUUAUUCACUGCAGUGCUGGUGUUGGUCGAACUGGGACCUUUAUGGCCCUAGAUUUCCUCAUUAAGCAAGGUGAACGAGAAGGAUUUGUUGACGUCAUUAGUUGCGUAGCUUCAAUGCGCCAUCAAAGAGUCCACGUAGUGCAAACAGUGGAGCAGUAUGUGUUUCUCCAUGAUGCUUUGGUGGAAGGUUUGACGGAGGGAAACAGUAACGUUACAGCCGCAGAGUUCCCGGAAUAUUACAAACGUUUAAACCAUCUUAACCCUGCUACGCAAAAAAGUGGAAUAUUGGAGCAAUUUCAGCUUAUCAACAAGUUAUCGACAACUGUUGAUGUCAAGCAGUUUGAAACAGCAAAACUGAAGGAAAACAGAAGUAAAAACCGAUACAGCAAUAUAUUGCCUGCUGAAAGUCACCGAAUUUUCAUCACUAGCGGUGACAGCAACUAUAUCAAUGCCAUACAAGCGCCAGGAUACAAAAGCAGAAAUGCUUAUGCAAUUACCCAAAUGCCAUUGGCCAAUACCGUCCAGGAUUUUUGGUGCCUUGUUCUUGAGCAGGAUGUGUCCACCAUUGUUAUGAUGAACUCUUUCAAGAAAGACAAGACUGUCGGGAUUUAUUGGCCAGUCAAUACAAAGGAGGCCAGUUUUGGAGCAGUUGCAAUCACCCUAUUAGCAGCAGAAACUAGAAACAGCUCAUUUGAUGUUUUAGAAUUCAAGGUGGUAAAUAAUAAGUCAAAAGAGGAAAGGAUAGUGAAACAAUUUCAAUGUAAGUACUGGUCUGAGGAUGCCGUUGUUCCAGAAUCACCAGAUCCUAUGCUGGAGAUGAUUGAGGAGGUCAAUGCCUGGCAACGUCAAGUUCAAAAUCCAACCAUCGUUGUACAUUGCAUGAAUGGUGCAAAGAAAAGUGGUUUGUAUUGCACAAUCGCCACCAUAAUUGAAAGACUUCGCGCAGAACAGGAAGUAAGUGUCCUGCAAACUGUAGUACAGAUGAGGUCACGGCGCCCCCAAUUCGUGGCCAGUAAAGAGCAGCUGAUGUUCUGUUAUGAUGCUGUCUGUGCCUACUUGAAUAUGUUCAAUACGUAUUCUAAUGUGAAUUGAGAUUUUCCACAGAAAACGCAAUAUAAAAAUCACCAGAGGAGAUAACAAAAACUGUUUUCAGAAAUUAUAAGUAACGAAAGCGUAUAAUUUUGACCUAUUUUUCUCCCCUUAGGUUUAUAAGUGGGAGGAAACGGGCUUGUUUAAAAAAGGAAAUAAAGUAUACUAGCUGA